AUGUAUCCUACUGCCUACGGUCGGCUUUGGCAUCCCGGCCAUGGCAUAAACUUUGCCAACGGGCGGCCGAAUGAAGAUGCGCAUCCGCAUGUCGAUAUGCUUCGCUCCUUGCACAUUACCUCCAGGAACCCGCUACAGACGGCCGCAGCAACAACCAACGAAGAUAACUAUAUCCACUCCGAGGAAGACGAUCCGCCCUUCUCGACAGCACCCGAGUAUCAGCCCAGCUCAAACACAGACAAUGUCUAUUACCCGCCUCUGGCAGGCGACGACGUUGUUCAGGCGGAAGCCGACCCUAUUGCGGUGUCUCAGGGAAGUAGUGAUGCCGUGGAGCCAUACCUCACAAAUUUGGACUUCAAAAUUCCACCAGACGCCUUUCGUGAAGCACAGAGCGCGCCCGCGGGAUCCCCAGAGUCAUUCUACUCCUACACGCUUUACCGUGGACCUCCCGGAGAAGAUGGCGAGAAAAAAGUCAAGGUCCACUACUGCAGGAGCAAGCACACCAUGGAGCAAGUGUGCCAAUACUUCUUGAAAGACGACGUGCUCGGUUUCGACCUGGAAUGGCUACCUGAUUCGAGAAAAACUGACGGGCCACGGAAGAACGUCUCCCUGAUCCAGCUCGCGAACGAAAGUCGAAUCGCGCUGUUUCACGUAGCGUUGUUUCCUGAAAAAGACGAGCUUGUCUCGCCGACGUUUGUGAAAAUCAUGGGGAACGCUAAUGUGAGAAAGGUCGGCGUGGCUAUCAAGGGGGAUUGCACUCGGUUGCGAAACCAUCUCGGGGUUGACACCAAGGGAAUCUUCGAGCUCAGCCACCUUUACAAGCUCGUCAGGUACUCUGAAGAGCGCAAGUACGACCUGAUCAACAAGAGGCUGGUGCCAUUGGCUGUGAUAGUCCAAGAACAUCUAGGGUUGCCCAUGUACAAGGAGCCAGAUAUCCGUUCAAGCGACUGGUCGCGGAAGAUCGGGCUGCAGCAAAUCAUGUACUCUGCCACGGACGCGUAUGCCGGGUUUCAACUGUACCAUGUGUUGGAUGGGAAGAGAGAAGCUCUCGACCCGACUCCCCCGAGACCACAACACGCGGAAUUGAACAUCCCGAUCCGGCUUGCAGAUGGAGUCUUGAUUCCUACCGUGGGAGAAAGCACCGAGGAUAUUGACAACGACGCAAGCAAGACAACUGCAGGCCCAUCUCUAUAUGCCCUUAGACAGGCCCGAGAAAACAUGUUCAUCGAGUUGGAUGCCGAGAGCGAGUCCAUCGCUGAGAGCAUCCAGAGAGCGCCUUCGACUUCUCUUCCGAAGCUACCCCAAAGAGAUCCACGAGUUCUAGCCGCGGAUGAGGAGUUGGCGACCUACCGCACAACGACCAAGUCCCUCCGCGCUUCGGGCCCCGCCAUUCGAUCGUACUUUGUCUGGAGAGACAACGACGAUCUCGACCCGGAGGCGAUCUCCAAGAUCCUCCGGCAGCCGCCGCUGCAGACCAUGACAGUGGUGACGUACAUUCUGGAAGCCAUCAGGUUGGAGGGGCUGCCGUUCGACAAGAAGCGGCUCAGGGAAGAGUGUCUGAGCCGGUUGCCGGCAGAGGUUCUUCAGGGCAAGGGCAGGUACAAAACUUUGAUGCAGGAGGCGAGCGAGCCUGAUGCGUAG